AUGACGGAAAAGAGUAAUAAUGAUCCGGUGCCGACAAGCACCGAACAAAUGAAAGAAAUGAUUGCCGAAGAAGUGGGAAAGGCAAUCGAGAAUAGUCUAUCCGGUUUCAUAGACAAAAUUCAAAAUACGGUGUUAUCGCUAGUUGAAGAGCGAGUUAAAAGGUUGGAAGAUGGUGUCAACCUUAUGAAAGAGAAAUCCAGAGAACGUAAGGGAUGUUCGUAUAAGGAGUUCAUGGCGUGCAAACCGCCAAUCUAUAACGGGGAAGUUGACCCGAUAAUCUGCCAAAGAUGGAUAAGUGAUGUUGAAGGAGUGUUUGAACGAACCCACUGCGACGUAGGUGACUUUGUUGCUUACGGAACGGGUCAAUUGAGAAAUCAAGCCAAGGAUUGGUGGGACAAUAAAAAGAAGGAAAUGGGAGCCGAAGCGGCAAGGAUCAUGACUUGGGAUGAGUUUAAGAUCACAGGCAUCUUCAUGGAUAAGCUGAGAUUUUGUGAUGAGUUAGUCACCACUGAAGAGCAGAAGAUAUACUAUUAUGACAACAUGCUGAGUGUUGAAUACCGGGAGUUUAUGACUCCCUCAAAAUAUGAAACUCUCACAGAAAUCAUCAACACCGCCCGGGAGCGGGAAAUCGAGUUAAAGAAGCAAGUUGAGAGGGGUGAGCGAAGGGCACAAGAUGUGAAUCCAAGCCCUACAAAGAAAGCUAGAACUGCUGAAUCGGGGAAGAAAGUGGAAACUAAAGGCGGGUCGCCAAGUUGCAAGGUAUGUGGAAAGGGGCACAAAGGUGAGUGUCGCUUCAAAGACAAGCCGUGUCCGGUAUGUGGGAAGACGGGGCACACUGCAUCAUUAUGUCCCGGAAAAGUUUUCGUAUGUUACAAAUGCUAUCAACCCGGCCACAAAAAGUCUGAAUGCCCUGAAUUGGUUGGAAAGAGAGACACAAAAGAGUCUCCAACGGAAGCUCCCAAAGCGAAGGCUAGGUCCUUCCAACUUACCGCGGCUGAAGCAAAAACAGAACCCGAUGUGGUCUCAGGAAAGGAAGUCGGAGCUACGAGCGGACAAGCCGGUGUAGACGCACGACUAAAGGGUGCGCUUUGA